AUGGCUCUUCAUUUCCAAGCACCCUCGCCAAGUGGCAGAGCCCACGUUGACGUAACUGACAGGGUAGUGUACGUGUUCGCCCUUGGCAGGCACGGGGAACGAACACCGCUUACCAACUGUUCGAAGCUCGUUAAGACUAAUCCUGAAGGCUACGGUGAACUGACAAAAGCAGGCCGGAAGCAGUGCAAGAAUCUGGGCAAGGUGAUCAAGGCACGGUACCCGAAUCUUCUCAAGGGUCAACCUGGCGAAGUACGAGCUACAUGCAACAAACAACCUCUAUCCUUACAAAGUAUUUGUCGGAUAUUAAAGGGCCUCGGCUACAAGGAUGUAAUACCUGUCGAGGAUGCGACUGACUACGGCAGCCUUGAGACAUCGGCCUUAAUGAAAAACUAUACUUCAGCAAUGCAGGAGCAUUGCUUAGGUCAGUUCAAAACCAUUGGAGAAAUGGUGGAUUACGUGGUCAAGAACUCGGGUUCGCCGACGAAGCCAGAAAAGGCUGUGGCGCAGUCACUGGACAGUAUCGUAACGCACGUCCACAACGGACAUCCCAUACCCAAGUGGGCUGAGAGUCAUUGGCAAGAAAUUAUCUGGGCCGACGACCGGCUCUUCAAAAUGUCCUUGGUUGGGGCGAAGAAACGCAUUGCGGCCUACGCCAUGACGCACCUGCUGGAGACGCUGGAACAGAAGUUCGAGAGCAAACGGCAGCUUCCAGAUAAGGUACAGGCACGGACGCUGACGACUCUGUUGUUGGUGCUGCAAGGGUUGAAUUUUCUGGCAUGUUGUUGA